AUGUUUUCCACUAGUAGCUUUCACUGCCCAACACAAGUCUUUCACACACCUCCAGACUUAAAAAAUCUCCCACUCAAUCAUGGGCAGCAGCAGUGCAGUGACGAUCCACCGCCUUCUUCACCUCACAAUACACCGCAACCACCCACUCUUCCGCAAAUAUCUAAUGAUUCAAACCAAGAAAAUACCGAAGAGACUACUUUCUUAGGUCAUGUCCUAGCAGGCAGUUCAGUUAUCAAUGCGAGAGGGAAUGGAAACUACUUAUUGAACAAACUGAAAGAAGAUUUGAACGGCGUAAGGAAACAUUGCCUAAUGACCGCACAGACGCUCGGGGCUCAAUGGAAAUAUGAAGAGCCUCGACAACCAGAACCAAGUACAGAGUCAAAGUCAGAACCAGAUUCGCCUUUUUAUCUUGGCAAAUCACUACGUGAACCGAAAAAAAGGAAACAAAAGCCACCGAAAUCUGUCAGUGAGAAACAACGAGCGGCUCAUGAACGUGACACUGCUGCCUCUCAACCUUACUAUCUUCUUGCCCAAGUAUCUCUCGAACGUGAAUGGAUUGUUGAUGACUUAAGUGGAGUGGUUGAUAUUGAUACCCAGACCCAUAUAAACGUCAAGAAUAGAUGGGUCGAGCAAGGAAUAUGGAACUCUAGCUGGACGGAUGUUCCUGGCUUGAAAUGGAUGCACGAGGACGAACGUGAAGAUUCGAAUUCCCUUGUCGCUAACAGCUGA